AUGCUGUGACGGAAGCCGACGCGCCUGGAGCUCAAGCUGGACGAUAUCGAGGAGUUCGAGGGGGCCCGCAAGGAGCUCGAGAGUCGCAAAAAGCAACGUGAAGAGGUAGACGUGGUGGGCCCCAGCGAUGGUGAGGGAGCCCUGGGGUUGAACACGGACCACAAAAGUCGGGAGCAGAUGAUCCAUGACCGGAUUGGCUACAAACCACAGCCGAAACCAAACAAUCGUUCUUCCCAGUUUGGGAACUUUGAGUUCUAGAGCUGCAGUGUGGAUGGCCCUUGUUGUGCUGGCAUCUGCGGGAACUUUGGGCAAAGGAGGAGAGUGUUCAAGAUCAUGAACAGCUGGUGUGGAAAUGGCCAAGGAGGCUGGGCCGGUCUCCUCUUGGCAUUAAGGGAAUCCAACCUUUCAGCAAACUUAAAGGCCUUACUUCUCCCAUGAAAAAGACAAGGUGGAAUGCCUGUUUCUCUGGUGACUUCUUAGAUCCUUCUUAGCUGCUGUCUUAAAUGUGUGUGGUUUUCCCAAGAAAAAAAGUAUACAAGCAGCAUUUUAUAAAAGUGAGUGAAAAUUUU